AUGCUCCGCCUAACUGCCGGGCUCUGGCGGAACGCGCCGCGGGUGGUGCCGCACGGGCGCAGCUGCCUUCAAGCGCUGAUGGCAGUGCGGGCAUUUUCGCGGGAACCAGCGGACGGUACCAGAGCUCGAAAGCCGUUGCAGCACGACUUGCAAGCCUUUGCGGCGGAACAGCGCUUGCACGACGCCUGGGCUUGGGUGGGUCUGCUGGAAGAUCAGAUCGAAAAGGCCAAGUAUCGUGCGAAGAAGACCCGACGGAAGAUGCAGUACGGCAAUGACCCGGUGGGCCGCAGCAAACGGGAGGAGCAACGCAAGUAUUGGGAGGACCAUGAUUUCUCCCUCUGGCCUCGCCGUGAAAAGGAGGAAGCCUCGCGAAUCGGGGGUCUCAGAAGAUCCGUGAUCUCGUGGCUCAAGGGAAACAGCAGAUGUGACACGUCCGACGGUCCGCAUGGCGUUGCCGAGGGCGACAUCGGCGGUGGCAACUUUGGCAUGCAGCACCUGGUGGAGCAAAUCGAUGCUGUGCGGGAGAAACCUUUGGUCCUCAGCAGUUUCUUGAGAUCACUUGACGCUCCGCAGCAGAUCUUGGCCUUCAAAAUCCUAAAAGAUCUUCAGGUGCCAACUGCCAUUCAGGACUAUACCGUGGCCAUCAAGAAGUGUGGCACAAGAUGGUGGCGAGACGCAGUCUGGCUCUUCGAAUCUAUGUGUGAAGUGUUGAUCACUCCGAAUGUCAUCAGCUGCAAUGCAGUCAUUGCUGCAUGUGGACGAGCGCAGCAGUGGCAACGAUCCUUGCAGUUCUUGAGAUACACAGACGACUUCGAAGCCAAUGUGAUCAGCUACAACUCCACGAUGACUUCGUUUGCCCGAAGCUGUAGGUGGCGGUUGACUUUGGAGCUCAUGAGAGAGUUGAGCUGCAGGCAAAGUCAACCAGAUCUCUUCAGCUUCAACAGUAGCAUCACCUCCUGUGAGAAGGCACUUCAGUGGCAGAUGGCUCUGGAACUCUUUCAGUCCAUCUUGGACCAAAAACUGCUAGCAACUUGGUCCACUGGGUCCAAAGAUACUGAGAAAACCAUCGCAUCGGGCUUCGAGCUUCGGUCUGUGUGA